AUGUUGAGACGUAACACUCACACAUCACGUCUCUCACCCGAACAUUCUCGUUUCUGGGGCAGCAGAAACUCGGCAAACUGUUUCGGUAGUUCUCACAUUUUUGACUUCAAGCUCUUGGGUCACGGUUCAGUUCAUGUUUCUUGGGCCACAGAUACUCGGCAUUACACUUUCAACCAAGUCUUUCAUCUUCUCUUACUUUGGUCUUGGCACAGUGUUCCUGGAGCAGCAGGAACACAACACACUUCUCUCAUCCACACUCUCGGCUUGCGACUUGGCACUCGCGAACUCAGCCUUCUUCUCUCAUCUUGUUUCUGGGGCAGCAGGAACAACCAGCAUUUCUCUCUCAUGCUCACUCUUGGCUCACGACUUGGCACUCGUGAACUUGACUUCCACCUAUCAUCUUGUUUCUGGGGCAGCAGGAACGUUCAACACUCUUCUCUCAUCCACACUCUCGGCUCGCGACUUGGCACUCGCGAACUCAACCUUCUUCUCUCAUCUCGUUUCUGA